GCUAAGGGAAGAGGGAAGGAACGUGCUGAGGCGUGAAACAGUGACCUUGAGAAGCCUGGUGGCGGUGAGAGGUCGUAGGACCGGGAGCUGGGAAGCUACGGGGGUAACGUAAGAGACUGGAGGCCCAAGACUCUCAGCGCGGCGGGUGACCGGCGCGAGGGAGGAGCUCGGUGACGCCUAGAGCGGGGCGGGGCGAGAAGCAAUGGCAAGUCCGAGGGUCGCGAGCUACUGAUCGCCUGCGUGGAGCCGGUGGAGCAGCCGCUUCGUCUCAGGUCGCUUUCCCCGAGCCAGGAUCUUGUACUGACAUUUCCAGAGUGCCUUGGGACAGCCUGGAAAAGAGCCACUGCUAGCUUGUGUAGGGCGGCCUGAGCCAGUUCUGUAUCUCCUUUGAUUCUGGGAUCUGCCCUGAACUUGAUCUCCAUGGCACACCGGCUGCCGAUGCGCCUGCUGACUUGGGACGUGAAGGAUACCCUGAUCAAGCUCCGCCGCCCUGUUGGGGAGGAAUAUGCCAGCAAGGCCCGGGCCCAUGGCGUGGAGGUGGAAGACGCGGCCGUGGAGCAAGCCUUCAGGCAGGCAUACAGGGCUCAGAGCCACAGCUUUCCCAACUAUGGCCUGAGCCGUGGCCUUACUUCCCGUCAGUGGUGGAUGGACGUGGUCCUACACACCUUCCGCCUAGCAGGGGUCCCGGAUGCCCAGGUCAUGACUCCAGUUGCUGACCAGCUAUAUGAAGACUUCAGCAGUCCGUUCACUUGGCAGGUGUUGGAGGGGGCAGAGACCGCCCUCAAGGGGUGCCGUAAGCGGGGUCUGAAGCUGGCAGUGGUCUCCAACUUUGACCGACGACUAGAGGAUAUCCUAACAGGCCUUGGCCUGAGAGAACAUUUUGAUUUUGUUUUGACUUCUGAGGCUGUGGGCUGUCCUAAACCGGACCCAAGGAUUUUCCGUGAGGCUUUGCAACUCGCUUGUGUAGAACCUGCAGCAGCAGCUCAUGUUGGGGAUAGUUACCUCUGUGAUUACCAGGGGUCUCAGGCUGUGGGCAUGCACAGCUUCCUGGUGGUAGGCCCCGAGCCUCUGGACUCCUCAGUCAGAGAUUCUGUACCUAAAGAACAUAUUCUACCCUCCCUCUCCCAUCUCCUGCCUGCCCUCGACCUUCUGCAGGCCUCAAGCCCUGCGCCAUGAGUCUGGUGAGGGAGGUAGCGCGGACCAAAUAAACAUGGAGGCAUGUUUGCCUUCUUUCUCUCCUCUCCUGCAGAGGGAGGUGUCUCGG